AUCCCAUCACUUUCCUCAGCCUCGACACCUUCGUUAAAAAUGGAUCGUGGAGAAUUGAGUAGAGUAUUCCAAAUGUUUGAUAAAAAUGGAGACGGGAAGAUUGCAAAGAACGAGCUGAAAGAUUUCUUCAAAAGCGUGGGUAUCCUCGUCCCAGAAAAUGAGAUUAAGGAGAUGAUAGCAAAGAUGGAUGUGAAUGGAGACGGGUUCAUGGAUAUAGAUGAGUUUGGUUCAUUGUAUCAAGAAAUGAUGGAAGAGAAAGAGGAAGAAGAGGACAUGAGAGAGGCAUUCAGAGUAUUCGAUCAGAACGGUGAUGGGUUCAUCACAGAUGAAGAGUUAAGAUCGGUUCUUGCAUCGAUGGGUUUGAAACAAGGAAGAACACUUGAAGAUUGCAAGAAGAUGAUUAGUAAGGUUGAUGUUGAUGGAGAUGGUAUGGUUAAUUUUAAGGAGUUUAAGCAAAUGAUGCGAGGUGGUGGAUUUGCUGCUCUUAGUUCCAAUUAA